AUGAAUGUGGAAGAUUGUGAUAAGAGGAAGAGAGAGAUCCAGGAGCUGAAAUCACAGAGAAAGGCUGAUGAGGAGGAGCUGGGGUACGACGGGUACAGACUGACAAACGGCGGCACAGGGUGUUCGGGGAGAGUGGAGCUUCUCCAUGGAGGCACCUGGGGAACCCUCUGUGACUCCCAGUGGGAUUUACAGGCUGCCCACACCCUCUGCCAGCAGCUUGACUGUGGAUUCGCCCUGUUGAUUCCAGCAGGGCAGCUCUUUGGCACAGGAGACGGGCCUGUCUGGAACGGCACAUUUGGCUGUGAGAGGAAUGAUUCCCGCCUGAGGGACUGUCCUGUUACUGCACUGGGCACAACUGAGUGUCCCCCUGGGAGCGAAGCCAACGUGGUGUGUUCAGGGAGCAGGCGGAUCAGACUGGUGAAUGGGGCAGGUCGCUGUGCCGGGAGAGUGGAGAUUUAUUACAACGGCAGCUGGGGGACAGUCUGUGAUGAUUCCUGGGAUCUGUCAGACUCCAAUGUUGUUUGCAAACAACUGGGAUGUGGACGUGCCAUUAAUGCAACUGUCUCUGCUCAUUAUGGGCAAGGAUCCGGGCAGAUCUGGCUGGAUGAUGUGAAGUGCUCUGGGAACGAAUCCCAUCUCUGGGAGUGUCCUUCCAAAGGCUGGGGCCAGCACAACUGCAGACACAAAGAGGACGCGGGAGUUCUCUGCUCAGAAUUCACAGAUCUGAGGCUGGCAAGCGACAGUGACUGUGCUGGGCGGCUGGAGGUUUUCUACAAUGGGACUUGGGGCAGUGUUUGCUCCAAUGGGAUGUCUGGAGUCACCCCAGCGAUUGUCUGCAAACAACUGAACUGUGGGGAUGGAGGGCAGCUUGCAAGUGACUUUGCAUAUGGAGCAGGUUCUGGUCCCACGUGGCUGGACCAUGUUUCAUGCCGUGAGCAGCACAGCUCCCUCUGGCAGUGCCCGUGAGGCCUGUGGAAACAGCAAUCCUGUGAUAACCGAGCAGAAGAGACCCAUAUUUCUUGCAGUGACCAGGAGAAGUUACGUGUCGUGGGAGGAGAGGAUGGAUGCUCGGGGAGAGUGGAGGUUUGGUACCGUGGCUCCUGGGGAACAGUUUGCGAUGACUCCUGGGACAUGGCAGAUGGUAAUGUUGUGUGUAAACAACUGGGCUGUGGAACUGCUGUAUCUGCCCCGGGCGAGGCUGUAUUCGGCGAGGGGACUGGUCCCAUCUGGGUGGAGAAGGUGAACUGCAGAGGGACAGAGUCAUCUCUCUGGAAGUGUCCUGCCAAGCCCUGGGGUGAGAGUAACUGUGACCAUAAGGAAGAUGCUGCUGUAAAUUGCUCAGCUUCCCUGCGACGCCCUCUGACUGACAGUGGGAGAGUCACGGUGCCUAUGGUCGUCUGCAUUAUCCUGGGGGCCCUGCUCUGCUUGGUCUUAAUCAUCCUGGGGGCACAGGUGCAAAGUGCCAGGGCACAGCGCAGAGGCUCCAGAAGAUCCCUGGACCCUUUCUCUGAGGCCGUGUAUGAGGAGAUUGAUUAUAACCUGAUGAGAAAGAAGCAGAUGUUUGGUCGCUCAGUCUCCUAUUCAGAUGAUUCAGUGUCUAAGCUGCAGUAUUACACCGGGGAUAGUGAGGAGGAAAACGAUCCUGCAUCAGAACAAGAAGGAGCUUUCCCUGGUGGUUCUCAGUUGGAUUAUAAUAAUGUGGAGGAACCUGCAUCAAGCGACAUCCCCUGGACUCCAGACGGUCAAGGUGCCCCAUGGGAUGGUUAUGAUGAUGCCAGAGAAGUUUCUAACACUGAAGAUGACCCUGCUUCUGGACCGAGUGCCCAGGAAGUCCCUGGGGCCCAUGGGGACAGUGACAGGAACAGAGAUGAUCAGACUG